AGGCCGGUGCCUCUCCCGCCGCCUGCCCCCCGCGGAUCGGGCGCUUCCCCCGGCUGCCGGCAGCAGGUGCCGGGGCUGCCAGGUGGUCACACACACCGGGAAGCGGCUCCAACAGCCGUGGCCUCCCGAAGGAGCUGGGGCUGCUGGGAGAGCCGUUCGUUCCGGCCAUCUUCCUUCUCCCACGGCAGAAAACGAAGGUUAAAGCAGUAAAAAUAAAAGUUAAAUCAUUAUUUUAAAUCCCAGCGCUGUGUGGCAGUCCCGGGCAGUCGGUCCCGUCCGCGUGCAGUUCACCUGCUGUUCUCUCGUUUCCAGCAGUUUCUCGUUAACGCUGCCACGGCGCAUCUUGUGCCAUUCUUGGGAAUCUGCAACAAUUUCUCCAGCUUUGUUGCCUUUGGUGAAAUCUCCAAAGCCGAAUCCCUUUGUGUUCUGCAGCAGCUCUGGGCGUCACGUUCCCUUUUCCCAGGGAGCCACCUCUUGCCCAUUGUGUUCCCCGAGCUGUAGGAAAGGGGUAACCGAUCCGAACGCUCUGAACCUGCGGUGAUGGUUUUGCCAGCUCGGGGUCCCCGGCUGCCGCUGGCUGGAUCUCACACACCACAGUUGCAGCCAUGCCGGCAACCAACCAGGGCUGGCCCGAGUCUUUCGGCUUCCAGAUAAGCGGGACGGGUCCAUGCUAUGUCGUUUGGGUGCAGGAGGGCAGCAGCGCGGCAGCCGCGGGGCUGCGGCCAGGGGACGAGGUACUGGAGAUCGAGGGGCAGCCGGUCACCGCGCUGGACUGCGAGGCUCUGCGGGGGCUGGCCCGCUGCUGCGCCAACGUGCCCCCCAGCAUCGGGGUGGUCUCCCGCUUGCGGCACCUCGACAUCCCCCCCGCUCCCCAGGGAUGCUUCGGCUUCCAGCUGGCCAGCGGCAGCCCCCCGCGAGUGGCCAGCGUCAGCCCGGGCUCGCCGGCCGCCGCCUGCGGGAUUCAGCCAGGGGAUUUGGUGCUGGAGGUCAACGGGAUGCCGGUGACGGGGCAGGAGGCAGUGGCUGUGCUGGGAGGGUCCUGCCACCGGCGGUCCCUGCGGCUGGGGCUGCUGCGGCCGCAGCGGGGGGUGGGCCCACAGGACCCCCUCCGCAGCGCUGAGGCCGUGCGGCAGGAGAGGAAGCAGAAAGCACAGGAAUUCAGCAAAAAGGUGGAUGACAUCCUCAGCGACCAGCCCGAGGUGAAGGAGAAGGUGUUCACCAUCCUGAAGCAGUACGCGGCAGAGCGCAAGGUGGAGUACUUGGCCUAUGCCCUCUGCAUGGUCCUCACCCAGGAGUCCCACCAGCACCUCAUUGACAACAUCAGGAUUUUCAUCCCCAAGAAGCACCGGCAGCGGUUUGACGAGGUGGUGUCGCAGAGCCUGAUCAGCAAGCUGUGCCGCUCCAAGAGCCAGCAGCACAGCAACCGCCUGCGGCGCAGCCGGAGCGAGGACCACCAGGAGCGGCUGCUGGUGUCCACCCGCGCCAGCUCCGUGCCCCGCAGCCACGAGGAGAUCAGCAAGAGCCUGCGCAAAACCACCUCGCUCCUCACCAGCAAUGUGGCCUCGGGGGCUGCCCGCAGAACUGUGCGAGUUUAUAAAGGCAACAGAAGCUUUGGCUUCACGCUCCGCGGCCAUGCCCCGGUGUGGAUCGAGUCUGUUCUGCCAGGGAGCCCAGCGGAGAAAGCUGCUCUCAAAGCUGGAGACCGAAUCCUGUUCCUCAAUGGGCUGGACAUGAGGAACUGCUCCCACGACAAGGUGGUGGCGAUGCUGCAGGGCAGCGGGGCGAUGCCCACCUUGGUGGUGGAAGAAGGGAUCGUCAGUGUCUCCAACGACUCUGACUCUGCUGACUCCCCGAGCAGCUCCUCUGCCCUCACCUCCCUGCAGUGGGUUGCAGAGAUUCUCCCCUCUAGCAUCAAGAUCCAAGGAAGGACCUUCACCCAGCAGCUGGAGCACCUGCUGACUCCUCCUGAGCGUUACACCAUCUGCAAAGCACUGGAAGGCUUCUUCCAACAUCGGAAUAUUGACACUCUCAUUGUGGAUGUGUACCCGGUGCUGGACACACCGGCCAAGCAAGUCAUAUGGCAGUUUAUUUACCAGCUGCUGACGUACGAAGAGCAGGAGCACUGCCAGCAAAAGAUUGCCAGGUUUCUUGGUUACAAGUCCUUGGCAGCCGAGCCGGACGCAGAGGAUCGCUACCGCAGCUCCAUCCGAGGAGCAUCCCUGUGCCGGGGGAGCCUGCGGACCCCCCGCCCUGAUGAUGGGGGGGCAGCAGGUCAGAGUGACACCGUAGAGGUCCCAGUUCGCCUGAUCCCUGGAGAGAGACAGGCCGGUGAUGGCACAUCCCUCCCGGAGACACCCAACCCCAAAAUGAUGUCAGCUGUCUAUGCAGAGUUAGAAAAUCGCCUGAUUGGCAGCUUUGCUGGCAAGAUGGGUAACGCUGCCCGGCACAGAGCAUCGCCUCCUGCCCCGGAGCUGCCACACGCUGCAGGUGCUCGCAAGCCGGGGACGGGGAUCUCGUGGCCGAGCGAGGCUCUGGGCUCCCAGCAGUGCUACUACCGCCUGCACAGCAGCGUGGCCUCCCCGAGCAGCACUGAGUCCAACCCCUAUGUCAGCCUGGACAGCAGCCCGGCCCCGUCCCCCCAGCACCGCCACUACCCGCUCAGCCCGCUGUCACGACGGAAGAAGCUCUUCACCUUCUCCAGGCCCCCACGCAGCCGUGACACUGACCGGUUCCUGGACGCCCUCAGUGAGCAGCUGGGACACCGGGUCACCAUCGUGGAUGAUUUCCUCACUCCCGAGAAUGACUACGAGGAGAUGAGUUUCCACGAUGACCAGGGCAGCUACGUCACCAACGAUGUCAGCAGCAGCGAGUACAUCAGCAGCAGCGACGAGGGCAGCUCCCUCACCUACUCCACGCUCUCAGACCACAUCCCCCCUCCUCCCCUCAGCCCCCCCCCGCCUCCACCCCCCCUGCAGUUCCAUGACCCCCAGACCGUCCCCUCCAAGGCAGAGGCCACCAAGGCCAGCACGUCAUCUGCCCCCAAAUCCCUUGUCAGCCACCUGCACCCCAUCCCGCCCCCGCCACCCCCCCCACCCCCUCCCCCAGUGCCCUGUGCCCCCCCCCUGCACCGGGGGCUGCUGCACCGCAGGAGUGAGUCCAACCACAUGAGCGUCAAGAGGCUGCGCUGGGAGCAGGUGGAGAACUCGGAAGGGACCAUCUGGGGACAGCUCGGGGAAGACUCGGACUAUGACAAGUUGAGUGAUAUGGUCAAAUACCUCGACCUGGAGCUGCACUUCGGGACACAGAAACCUACAAAGCCAACCCUCUUGCCUGAAAACUUUAAAAAGAAAGACGUGGUUGAAAUUUUGUCCCACAAAAAGGCCUACAACACAUCCAUCCUGAUUGCCCACCUCAAGCUCUCGCACAUGGAGCUGCGCCAGAUCCUCAUGACGAUGGAGACAGACCGGCUGGAGCCUUCCCACAUCAAGCAGCUCCUGCUCUAUGCCCCGGACGGGGAGGAGGUCCAGCGCUUCCAGAGCUACAAGGAGAACCCUGGCAAGCUCAGUGAGCCCGACCAGUUCGUGCUGCAGAUGUUGUCAGUACCUGAAUACAAGAUCCGUCUGCGCAGCCUGCAUUUUAAGACCACUCUGCAGGAGAAGACAGAGGAGAUCAAAGCCAGCUAUGAGUGCAUCUGCAAGGCCUCACUGGAGCUGAAAAGCAGCAAGAAGCUGGCUAAGAUCUUGGAGUUUGUGCUGGCGAUGGGAAACUAUCUGAACAACGGGCAGCCCAAGACCAGCAAAACAACAGGCUUUAAAAUCAACUUUCUCACGGAGCUGAACACAACCAAGACUGUCGAUGGGAAAUCCACCUUCCUGCACAUUCUUGCCAAAUCACUCAGCCAACAUUUCCCUGAGCUCCUGGGCUUUGCCCAGGAUCUUCCUACAGUGCCACUCGCUGCCAAAGUGAAUCAGAGGACACUGACGGCCGACCUCAAAGACCUGCACACCACCGUCAGUGACAUACAGAUGGCCUGUCACAACAUGCCAGCGACCGCAGAGGACAGAUUUGCGAUUGUGAUGACCUCCUUCCUGGAGAGUGCCCAGCCUGCCAUGCGGUCCCUGGACGACCUGCAGCACAAGGCCAUGGAGGAAUUCAGCAAGGUGUUGUCCUUCUUUGGGGAAGACUCGAAAAUGACAACUUCGGAAGCCUUCUUUGGCAUUUUUGCAGAAUUCAUGAGCAAGUUUGAGCGGGCACUCAGCGACGUGCAGGUGGGUGAGAGCCAGCGCAGCCCCAGGGUGACGUCCCCUCUCGCCUGGUGACGGCUGUAGCAGUGCCGGAUGCAACAACCUAUUGCCAACAAAGUGCAAUUUGGUCCUCCUGAGUUUGGUUGUAAAUAAUGCUGCUGUCACCUGCUGCCACCAAGCAGAACCACCGGCCGAGGGGUCGGGUGGUUUGGACACUGAAGAGGCACCACAGGUGAUGGAUGGUGGGUGGGUGCAAGGGGAUGGGGACAAGAAGGCAAACACCAUGCUGGUCUUGGCAGCAGCUUCUUAGCAUCCUCCACUUUCAGUGUAUGCCUGAGUCAAGGAUUUCAGACACAUCUGGGUAAAACCCCACUCUCCCACGUUCCCAGAACAUAUAUAACUGGCACCAGCAGUUGCUGGAGACCAUCCCCACGUCCCCACAGCUGGUGCCUGUGCGAGGGGGCUGCCUUGGCAGGACACAACUGUCCCCAGGAGGCACCGCUUGUCCUGCCAGCCCUGGGGCUGGAGUCAGAGCCCCUGCGCAGGCUCCCUGGGGAUGCAGGGAUGGAGCUGGGGGAUGAGGCUGUCUCCAGAUCCCCAGCCCCAAGGAGUGAUGCUGCUGAGCUCCUCCCAGUUCCCUCUCCAAGCCCUCCUGCCCUUGGGCAGAGCACCUGGGGCUGGAGCUGCAUCUGAACAGGCCACAACAGUGGAGUGGAGUUUGCUGGAUGUGGCCCAGAGGCUUCAAUCCCCCGCCAUUGCCAGCCAGUGCUGCUGGAAAGCAACAGGACCUUGCAGAAUGCUUCUGGGACUGUGUGGUCCCAAAGCCAGACCCAGUCUGGUCCCUCCAGCUGUGCUGGAGGGUGAGGAAAGCCCUGGCUGUCAGCUUUGCUGAAUGAUGAGGCAGAGACUGACAGGUCUCGAGAUCUUCCCAAGAGUUUAACAUCAUCAGCACGAGGCUUAUUUGAACUCACCAUGAGACAUAAAUCCCUGAGAAUUUUGGUGCCUCCUUGGAAAGUACAGAGCCCCUGGUAGCCUAACAAUGAGUGGGGCUCCUCUGCAGCCCCAAGUGCCAUCCCAGGCCCUGCAGAGACCAGCGAGAAACACAUUCCCUGCCCUCCUUCAUUACUGUGUGACCAGUCAUUCAUGUUGAGUAUCCCCAGGGCACUCUGGAAUUGAGCACAUAGCAGUGUCUGAUCGUUAUUUAGGUAGCUUCAUUCCCUUCAGGAUGCCCCGGGACAAAAGGGCUAGCAGCAUCCCGCACAUGCACCUCCGGGCGACACGGCCCGAGAGCUUUCUGGCAGCAAACCCACGUGUGUUACCGUGGGGAGCAUCGCUCUGUGCAAAACGCAUCCGUUGCCUUCCGAACCGACCCGCUCAGCAUCCCGCGCCGUGACGCGCCGCAGGUCACCCCCCUCCGUCUGUUGCCAGAGCAAGAGCUCGUCCUGUGGCCUCUGCUCACACACAGAAUCACCGACCGGUGCAUUAUUUAUGGGAGACCUUAUGACCAUCAGAUAGUCAGUUUUCAGUAUUUUUUUUUAAUCCCCGCUGUAGAAAGUGAAGUAUAUUUUCACAAGUGUUCUCAGUUUAUACAGCUUUAAGUGCCAGGUAGUUUCUAGCGCUGUGUUCCCAGCUGUCCAGCCCUGUCUCUGGCUGAUGGCAGUGACAGGGCAAUGCUCGCUCUGCUCCUCUUUCCAUUUUGGAUGUUGCACACUGCAUUCAGUGGAUUCUUUUAUUUUUUCCAAAAACAUAUUAAAAAUCUAAACCACUGGAGGUUCUUUUGAAACUGUCAUUACAGAUGUGACAAUGCUGUACAUAGAUUUUGCUACAUGUUGUAACUUUCCAAAAUAGUUAGAACUCCAAUCCCUUUGGUAUUUUUAUGUGAAUAUUUUAAAAGAAGCAGAACUUCUGACAUAUGAUUAUAUCAUUUGAUAACAGGACUAUGUAUAUCCACAGUUCAGUCUCUACCCAAUGCCUAUAUGCUAUUCCUAAAAUAAAGCUACUGCUUUCUGCCUCCUGA